CGAUCUCAGAACCUUGCUGUGUGCGGCGUAUAAGCUCUCGAGGCUGCGACUCUGUAGACCCAAGCGGUGCGGGUCACCUAGCAUUGCUGGGCUAAGAAUUUUCGCGGGGAGCCGACUAUGUUUGCAUGUGGAAUAGCCGGUCAUUCAUUAAAAGCACCGCGCCACAACCCCGCUCUUUCAAUGAUCAUACACGAACACAAAACUUUCCUUUUCGGAGAUAAUCUGAGUUCGACUAAUCGAGAAGCUGUCAAAGCGUCUGUGCGUCGGGCAGGUAUAAAGGCGGGGCUUGCCAGAGCGUUUGCCUCACCAACCCAUCUCAGACCAGCACACCCAGCACAGACUACACACGCUCAGCCUUUGCCUCCAGACAACUACCACAAUGACCGUUAUCACUAUCAAGAAGAUGUCCUCCAGCCCUCAGCAGAAGAUUAUCACCAUGGACAAUCUCCCGAAAUUCGUCGAUGGCAUCUGCGAGAUGUGCCACACCAAGGUCAAGAGCACGCGCGACCAGACACGCCAUGCUAAGGGCCACCUCUCGCUGGAGGUCCCAGAAAACAUUCCCAAGAGAUUUCCUCACGCAUGCGACCAUCCCGGCUGCGGUAGGCGCUUCGCCCAGAAGAACUCGCUGGAGAACCACGUCGACGCGAAGCACACCGGCGCGAAGAGGAUCAAGUGCCCUCACGAGGGCUGCGACAAGGGCUUCUCUGACCCCGCGGGAUGCUUCCGCCACCGCGAGCGCGCGCACGGGUGGCAGCCCAAGACGCGCCGCGGCCCGCGCGAGAAGCCCUACGACAAGCCGUCCAAGAGGAAGGCUCGCUCCGACAGUUAUCCCAUUCCGCUGUGGGGCUCCCUCUCGGACGACGAGGACGAUGAGGACGAGUACGAGCCGGACCGCGUGCCCCCGCGCCACCGCAAGUCGGCCCAAUCGACGAGCAGCGAUGUGUCCACGGACAGCGACCUGUCUGCCAAGAGCGAAGAGUCCGCGUCGAGCGCGCCUGGACGCCUGGUCAAAGAGGAGUCCGGCACGCCCUUGAGCGCCUUCCAGCAGAACGCGCCGGCCUUCAACCCGCGCCCCGUGCCGCCCUUCCCCCUCAAGGCGCACAAGUCCAUGCCCGAUCUCUCGUCGAUGACUCUGCCGGACUAUGCGAAGAUGGCCCUGUUGACGCCCUCGCCCACGCCGAUCUCGAACUUCGCGUCUCCGUCCAUUUCGAACCUCGCGUCCGCCUCGUCGAUGAACGCGCCGCAGCCGAUGCCCCAGAACAACUUCUGGGCUCGCCGUCGACCCCUGCAGGCGUCGGCGACCUGGGGGCCGCAGAUGCCGUCGUUCCAUGCGCCGCCGAUGCCAUCGCACUACGCGCCUCAGAUGCUGCCGAACUACGGUCCGCCGGCGCCAUUGUACAACGGCCUGCCGCAGAUCCCCCGCUACUUUGGCCACCAGCAGACUGAGCAGCCUCAGCCGCGGUACACGCAGCUGCCCAGGCUGCCUGAGCUGGACCAGCAGCUGGUGUACCCGCAACUGCCCAACCAGACAAGCCAAGCCAGCCAGCCCAAGGAACAGUACCCACAGCUUCCUCAGCAGCCCAAGCAGGAGUACCCGCAGCUCCCUCAGCAGUCUCAGGAGAACCAGCAGCCGCAGAUCAACUGGCAGUACUGGAACUCGCAGCUCUAG